UUAUGAAAACCCCCGAUGUUCGGAAAACCGCAGGCACAGAGCGACGAUGAGGACAUGCCGGAAGAUGUGGCCGUGCCGGUGGAGGGCAGCUUUAUGGAGGAUUUUUUCAACGAGGUGGAAGAGAUCCGUAUCAUGAUCGACAAAAUCCAGGCGAACGUGGAGGAGGUGAAGAAAAAGCACAGUGCCAUUCUGUCGGCCCCACAGUCAGAUGAGAAAACCAAACAGGAACUCGAAGACCUAAUGGCCGAUAUCAAAAAAACUGCCAACAGAGUAAGAGGGAAGCUCAAGGGUAUCGAACAGAACAUUGAGCAGGAGGAGCAGACGAACAAGUCCAAUGCCGAUCUUAGGAUACGGAAGACACAGCACUCGGCGCUGUCACGCAAAUUCGUCGAGGUGAUGACCGAGUACAACCGGACCCAGACUGACUACCGAGAGCGGUGCAAAGGAAGAAUACAACGACAAUUGGAAAUUACGGGUAGAGCGACGACAAACGAAGAGCUGGAGGAGAUGUUGGAGCAGGGCAAUUCCGCAGUGUUCACGCAAGGGAUUAUCAUGGAAACCCAACAAGCAAAACAAACGCUUGCCGAUAUCGAAGCACGGCAUGCAGAUAUUAUAAAAUUGGAGAAUUCAAUUAGGGAGCUACAUGAUAUGUUCAUGGAUAUGGCGAUGCUCGUCGAGAGUCAGGGUGAAAUGAUUGAUCGUAUAGAAUAUCAUGUUGAACACGCAAUGGAUUAUGUCCAAACAGCGACGCAAGACACAAAGAAAGCGCUUAAAUAUCAAAGCAAAGCCCGCCGGAAGAAGAUCAUGAUCCUGAUAUGUCUCACCGUACUCGGUCUCAUUGCGGCCUCGUACGUCAGUAGCUACUUUAUGUAAAACGUCUCAGCAUCAGCGGCGGCAAUAACAACCAACAAGAGCAACAUCAACAACAACCACUAUUACUACAACUACUACUAUUACGACCUGAUCAAAUCCGGGAGGGAAGAAAUUGUUAGAGACGAAGAAUCAGUCUGAAAUCUGAGAAUUCCAGUAGGACUACGGUACAAAACUGUAGCAUAAAACAACACCAUCACCACCAACAUCAUCAACAACAACUAUCAAACAGAACAAAUCUAGUAUUACAUCGGCGUUGCAGUGCCCCCAGUCGGGAGCAAAGCGAAAGAUAUCAUCAUAAGCAAAAUAGUCAUAUAGAUACGAAACAAAAGUAAUCGCUCGGUAUUAGCAUUAAGCACAGUGUCUCUCAAUCUCUCACUAGUGUCUCGGUAAAAGUUGGUCAUAGUGAAGAAAAGUUGAAGCAAAUCUCUUCAAUUUAUGAUCCCUUAGUUAAAUUGUUUGUUAUUUUCACGCGUUGUUCCCACGAGUAUCGAAGAGAGCCAAUGCCAAGUGAAGUGCGCUGAGAAUGGAACGCUCCCACACCACAGAUCCGCGUAAUAGCCACCUUCAACAACUGCAACCACCAUUGCAUUAGUAUGAAUACUAACACUACACCACAUACGGUCGUGUGUUGCUGCCGCCCCUGCGUUCUACCAGACAAUGACACUUAAGGACUCACAUCUGAAGUCUGUGAUGGAGAAGUUCAACUGACGGAGACGAUGCACCGAACUUUACUAGAACCCAGCAAAACUCUCCUUGCAUUUAUUGUAAAACCACUACUAACCCGUGCACAAACCGCAGCAUCACAACAACCAACAAAUGAAAACGAAAAAAUUGAUAUCCGACCGGAAUCCGAUCCGAAACAAGUGCACAAACCCUCACAGAGUGUCCAUCUCUUGUAAUGUCUGUCGUUGUCUCUGUGUACGUGUGUAUAUCCUUCGUAUCUACUGUUGCAAGCUCACAAUAGAAUUAUCCCGGACGGCACGCGUCGUCACCACUACCACAAUCACCAAUAUCACUAAAUAAGACAGCAGACUAAUGCAACCCCCUCCGUAAACAAGAAAAAGUGUCAGUGUAGCGAAUGCCCCCUUUCAACCAUCACCAUUACCAACAGCCAACAAUACUACCGCUCUACUACUACUACCACCACCACCCCACUACCACGUACUACUAAUGCUAGUACUUCCACUCCUCGUAUUCGUGCAAGCCAAUAGCCCGUGUAAAUUUAUCAUGUACAUAUCUUAAUCAAUAUUUAUUCGAAUUGUAUAAGUCUUAUGAAAAAAAAACACCGUCGUCAAUUUUGAGUAGAUUGUAAUUUAUUAUUUUAAUUUUUGUUAGUGGAAUUUUAGAAUCUCACGGGUUUUUAUUCGAGGAAAUGGACGGAAAGAAAUCUAGGAUUAAAAUAACUAUCAUCGCGGGUUGUCAAGAUCUGUUGUGGCUGAUCAUAAAUGUUCGAAUACAUUGUGAAUGGCAUUGUACAAUCCAGAUUAAUAUUUGGAGAAGCUCUGGUUGUCCUAGUCAACUUUGAGAUGAAGCUUCAUAACUUUCUGAUUGUAAUCAAAUUGUUAUUAUACUUAGUUUAGGCAAGGCAAGUUAAUUGCAUAAGUCUAUUCUAACUAUUCCGGAACUGAACGUCUAAACACCUUCAUUUAUUUCACUUGAACGAUAAGAAACUUCACUUCCUUCCGCUGUCAAAACGUAGCAUAAGGCAUGCAGAAAAGAUAAGUCGACUGAGGGACUUUUUUUUAUUAGAGUACAUCAGUCUUUCAUGGUAUUUAUACUUUCAUCGGAUACUCUAGUUUGUUAUGCAGAAUAGCAUCCGCUAGGAAAUGAGUAAAAAAAUUGACUGAGACAAAAAACGAGAUACAAUUUAUGACGGGAAAGGUCAAUUAUCUAUUGAUAUGCCUGCUGUUAUUUGUUGUCAUCUCCAAAACCCUUUUUCAAAUCAAGCAUACCGACUGUGCUAUCAGCUCGUUUAUUUCAAGGCCAGAAAAUGCUAAGAGAGUGGGAGAAUAGCGGCUGGCUCCUGAACAAACAAACAGAAAAUGUUAAAAUUAAGCGACUGACUGAGUUAAUAUAGAGAGCCGUGGUUUUUCUUACGAAUGGGUUCAAACGAACGGCUCGUGAGCAUUCGCCCAUCUUUACACCAAAAGGGCUCAAGUGUACACGGAAGAAAAAUAGUACUUUGAACUCACUUUUGAGUACACGGUAAAAAAUAUACACGUCCAUGCGAACUGUUCUGCAUUUGAAUAUGCACUACUUUGGAAUCAAAUCAAUAUCAAUAACUGAGCUCGUCGCAAUCAAAGACCACCACUUCCAUUUGACGUGCACAAUGUUUUGAAUAUAAAACAACAAAAUAAAAAAAUGGAAUUACCUCAGCUCAGAUUCGAAUAACAUACCUUUGCUUGAAAGUCCUUCGUCUUACCAUGACUCCAUCUCACACUUCGAAAUACCUCUUGAAAUAAGCAGAACAGAUAAAAGAGCUGUCAUCUAUUUUUAGAACAACACCAAUAUCGCUCCACUCUUAAAUCAAUAGCCUUGAACCUGUGAAUUCAAUAGCAUAGCACUUCCAAUUCUAGUGGAGACAUUAUUGGUGCUGAUCGAAGUGCUAAUCAUUUCAACAUCCAGUGAGUAGCACUUUGAUCAACAGUGUUGAUGUUAUGGAAUUGUCUGCAUUCAACACGCUUGUGAAAGGUGUGACACCACUUCAAAAUCAAAGGAAUAUCAUUUUCAAUAAUAGUGAUUUUAAAGUUGAUCAUUCAAUAGAUGGAACAGUUGAAUUGGGCGUGUUGAUUUUUUACCGUGUAGUUAUCCCGUGUGGACUCGUUACGUUAUGUAGCGUACACACGCUAAACAUAUUGGACUAAACGGUGACUCCGCCACCAGAAAAAUGCUAGAUGCUGUUCUGUUUAACCGUGUGUGAAGUUAUUCUAAAACCUUUUGACAGUUGGCUGCUUGGUUUGGAAAAAUCAAAGGUUUGGAAAAAAAUCAAAGCAUUUUGAUUUUGGUAUACUUUGUCGAGGGUGGAGUCAAAGUUGGCCAAAUAUUUUUCAGCGUUUGUAAGGAAGUUGCAUAAAACAUCAUAAUUUUGUUGGUACUUUAGUCGCACGUGGGUAAUAUUGUUGUUCGAACAAUUUGAUUGUUCGUGCUAAUGUUGAUGGAACUUAGCGGAUGAUUAAGCAAUUGCGGGGUAGAGUCAAUGUUGGUCAAACUGCUUGACCGUGUGUACGCUGCAUUACGUGCUACGAUAACCCAAAUGAUAAGAAAUUGCGUUUUACGAAAUUUUCUGUCAGGAAUUCUGAAAGAAUUCUAAGAAAUGCUACAGUGUUUCAGCUGCUAUUUUACACACAAAUUCAUCUAGAAAUUCCUUUUUGAAAAUUAUUUAAACCUUUUUCCAUAAAAUCCUUAAAAAUCAUUCUAGUAAUAAUUUUCAUAUAGGAAUUUCUUCAACAAUACCUCCAGCAAUUAAUCUGUGAAUUCUUCCAAAAUAUCCUUCAUCAUUUCUUCCGGAAAUUGUUCCUUGAAUUCCUCCAAAAAUCACUCCAGGAUAUGCUCUGGAUAUUCUUCCGAGAAUCCUUCCAGGAGUUCCUCAAGAGUUUUUCCGGAUUUCCCCUCAGGUGUAUCCUGUAGGUAAUUCUGGAUAAAUUCCUGGAGGAAUUCUUGGACAUACUUGAACGUAGACGAAAUUUGGAGGAAUUCCCCAAGGUUGUCCUGGUCAAAUUCCUGGAGGCAUGCCUGGAGAAUUUUAUUAAGGAACCUUUUUCAUGGUGAAAUUUUUGGAAGAAUUUAAUGGAAGAAUACCUAAGAACAUUCCUGGAUUCAGGUGAAAAUUUUGGAUGAAUUCCAGGAGGAACUUCUGGUGGAAUUUCAGUAGGACCCACUGAAGGAAUUCCUGAAGUAACUCUUAGAGUAAUUCCAGCACUAACUCUUGGAUGAAUUCCCGGAGGAACUACUGGGAGGGUUUAUAAAUGAAAGACAUUUCUGGAUGAAUUCCAGAACGAACUCCAGAAGGAAUUUCUGAGGAAGUUCCAGGAGGAACUGCUGUAAGCAUCCUUUCAAGAGGCUCGGAAGCCUCCUUUCAAGAGGCUCGGAAGCCUCCUUUCAAGAGGCUCGGAAGCCUCCUUUCAAGAGGCUCGGAAGCCUCCUUUCAAGAGGCUCGGAAGCCUCCUUUCAAGAGGCUCGGAAGCCUCCUUUCAAGAGUUAAGUGCGAGAUUUCUCUUGUUUCGGACAGCAGAACGAUGGCGCGAUCGGACGAAAUAUUGUGUUCUGCUUUGCGCGGCCGGUAAUAAAAAUCAGUUCAGUGCGAGAUUUCUCUUGUUUCGGACAGCAGAACGAUGGCGCGAUCGGACGAAAUAUUGUGUUCUGCUUUGCGCGGCCGGUAAUAAAAAUCAGUUCAGUGCGAGAUUUCUCUUGUUUCGGACAGCAGAACGAUGGCGCGAUCGGAUGAAAUAUUGUGUUCUGCAUUGCGCGGCUGGUAAUAAAAAUCAGUUCAGUGCUAGAUUUCUCUUGUUUCGGACAGCAGAACGAUGGCACGAUCGGACGAAAUAUUGUGUUCUGCUUUGCGCGGCCGGUAAUAAAAAUCAGUUAAGUGCGAGAUUUCUCUUGUUUCGGACAGCAGAACGAUGGCGCGAUCGGACGAAAUAUUGUGUUCUGCAUUGCGCGCCCGGUAGGCCGGUAGUUAGUUUGUACUACUUUUCGCGCCCGAUUCAUGGCUAGGUAAAAUCACUGUGUAUAAAGAAUGACACGGUCGUAUUGCUUAUCAGAGUGAAUCCAGAUCCAACGAUGCCUACCAAUUAACUGAUAAUCCUUCCUGUGGUUUUUGUGGAGACGCAGAGGUAAACACUGUCUUCAAAUAGCAAAAACCACCUACUAAUAUUCCUUCCUUCUUCCUAACUGACUACAAGGACGUGGCCGGCGCCGUUAUUGAUCAUUUGAAUUUUAGAGUCACUGAAACUUGCACACUGAGAAUGCUUGAACAAUCCCAGUCAAUCAUUCAGUUGAUUCUUUGUGCAAUUUCACUGAUUCUGGUCAAUCACGGAGUAGCAACCAUAGAUAUGUGUAGUCAGUCAAAGCUAAGCUAAGCUAAGCUCGGAAGCCUCCUUUCAAGAGGCUCGGAAGCCUCCUUUCAAGAGGCUCGGAAGCCUCCUUUCAAGAGGCUCGGAAGCCUCCUUUCAAGAGGCUCGGAAGCCUCCUUUCAAGAGGCUCGGAAGCCUCCUUUCAAGAGGCUUGGAAGCUUUCUUCCAAAAGGCUUGGAAGCAUCCUUUCAUGAUGCUUGGAGACCUCCUUUUAGAAGCGUCUUUUCAAGAUGCAAAGGGAGCCUCCUUUUAGUGGCUCGAAAGCCGUCAUUUAAGAGGCUUGAAAGUUUUCUCUACAAGAGGCUUAGAAGCCUCUUAUCAAGAGGUGCGGAAACCUACUUUCAAGAGAUUUGGAAACUCCUUUCAAGAGCUCGGAAGCCACUCUUUCUUUUAAUAGGCUUAGAAGCUUACUUUCAGGAGGGGGUACCUCAAUUAAUGCAAAAAUUCGAAGGGGUACCCGUCAAGAAAAAGGUUGAGAACCGUAUCUAGUGGAUUUUUCGGCGAAUCUUCCGAAAUUGCUUUUGAGAGGAAUUCGCGAAGCAAUUGCUAGUGCAUGUGCCUGAGGAAUUCUUAGUGGAGGAAUUUCAGAAGGAAUUCCUGAAGGUAUUUUCGAAAGAAUUCCAGAAGAACUCAAAGGAAGACAUCCUGAAGGAUUUUUCAAUGGAAUUUGCAAUUACAAAUUCCAAGUGACUGCUGCAUCAUUGGCACUCUAUAAUUUCAAAGUAUUACGGACGUAUGGAGGAAAGCGACAUAAUUAUUUGGGGGAAAUGACGACUUUGGCAGAUUUUGUUCUUUUAUUGUCAGGGGGUUUUUGUUGACUUAUUGAUAUGCAAAGAAUGGUUAGGCCAAAUUUGAGCAUACUUUGGAAAAAAAACCCCUGCAAAACUUGCCAAAGGCAUCAUUUUCCCUACUUACGAGUUUCAUUCGAUAUUUGGUUGCAGAUACAUCACAUUUAGUGUUUCCAAUUUUUGUAUGAGCGAGAGAACGACAUUGAGCCAAUAUCUUCACCUCCGCUUAACCUUUACGCGAUGCUUACUCAUACGCUCAAAAAGGGUUUAUUGACUAAGCGGAGGUGAAGGAAUCUGCUCUAAGUAUUGCUAAUUUUUGUAAAGAAGGCGAAAAGUACUCACAUUUAGUGCUCAGUGCGUCUCCAUUCAGCCCAUAUCUGUAGAUGAAGAGGUCCCAAAACGGCAAGGCAAUACGUCCUAGUGGGACUACAAUGUACUACGCGUCUCCACGCACUGUCCAUACCAGAAUGCUGAUUCGCCAACGCGUGGGGCACUGUCUGCCAGCUAAAAGGCAUUUUGCCGCAUGAGUUUUAUACAAACGAAAUAUCAUAACUCUUUUGAAAUGUGAAUAUUAUCAAUAUGAUUGAGAUUUUCUACAAUUUUUAGAAGGCAUCAGCUAGCAUAUUGUUUAACUGUUCCAUGAGGUAAAUAUACUCGUGAAAAUCGUUACAGCUGAGACAUUAAACCAGUCCCUUCUUCCCCUACGUCGCCAGCCAUGUAGUCUGUGGAAGGUCCGCAAAUCAUUACGAUUUAGGGUUAUUAAUUUUUGUAUGUACCUGAGCGGUUCUCGCAUGAAAUGCACAGUUCGUCUAAAAAGUCAAAAAGACACUGAUUUGGGAUAGUGUAUUUUAAGUAUAGUUACCGUUUCAAAGAAUAAAGAUCGUACAGAGAGGAAAAAUUUGUGUUUCAGUAGAUAAGAAAGUUAUUUUGAGCUUUCAGUGGAAUGUCUUUACUUGUCUUAAGACGAGUCUGUACAAUUCCAUUUAAUUCCACCACUUGAUUGUACUUGUACCGAUACGUAUUUCAGUGUCCUCAGUGUCUCUUAAGUCGAGUCAAGUACGAGACACCAGAGACAGCCUUACUGUUGAGGUCGAAUUUUAAUGGAAUUGUACAAACUCGUCUUAUGACAAGUGUUUCAGUAGGUUUUAAUUCAUUAUUUACGGGAUCUUCGAAGAUAUUUUUCUGAAAUUAGAUAUAGAAGAUAUUUUUCUGAAAUUGGUUAAUGAAUAUUUUGAAGUACAAACAAUAUUUAUGCCCAAUUUUAGCACAAUUGGUUUCGAAGAAAAACAUUCUAAUAAAAGAUUAUAAUUUAUAAACGUCGUUUAUUCUUUCAAGUAAAAAAACUGUUCUUUCCUCUGAUCAGCCCAGAUAGAUCUUGCAACCCGUGUAAAUCGUUUGAUAAUAGCAUUUCUCAUUAUCUUGUAUAUUUAGUAUCGACACUUAUAGGUUUAACAACAUCAUAUUUAUUUUAUGUUUUGCAUCGCAUUCAGUCAUCUCGAAUACUGUAAAUCUACCGCAUUUGAAAAUUCAUAUCCAAUUGACCACUUUGAUUGUCCAAUCGUAUUAGAACUUGAACACGUAUUUGUUUGUAAUUACAUCCAAAACAAAAAAAAAAACAUCAUUUCCCAUCAUUGUGUAUAGAUACGACAUAAAUAUCAACCAUCCUUGUUUAGUUAUUCUCCCAUUCGCCCUGUCCUUGCAUAAUGUAAAACUACGCUCAUGUGCCCCUAAAAUCCCUUAUUGAUAAUUGAUAUUGUGCAUAAAAGAGAAUGAUCGUGUAAGUAAAUACAGUAAAUAUGAACAUAACAUAAUGUAAGUGUUGUGCGAUCGAAUGAAGAAUGCAAGUAAAAUAGUUUUUAACAAUUAUUGUUAUUAUGGUUUUGUGGGCAAAUAAGUCAAGCAAACGAACAAAACUACGCUAAAUGUAGCAGCCAGAAACGGCGUGUGUUAAUAAAUGCAAGUUAGUUUUAUGAGUUUUAUUUAAAAUGCAAAAGUAUUCAAACUGUACUUUUAUAAUUUAAUAUUUUACUUUUAGUUUUAAAAGCCUGUUCCUGCGGAAUACAACCAACUUUGAUGAUCAACUGAUUCGGCACUCAUGUAUCGCAUUGUUUUGAAGUUUGCCUAUAUUUAUUGAUAUAAUGUACCGCUAACGAUUCCAUAGUAGUAACGACCAAGAAUUGUUGGAUUGGUAUGCGAUCAUUGGAGUUCUAAUUCGAAGACGUUAAACAUCAAAGUUGCAAGAGUUGUAAAUUAGUAAGCGUCGUAAUUCACACUCGUGUUAAAUCGAUCAUGUUGAAGCCGAAUUAAGCGAAUUCGAACAACUAUCGAACAAAACAAAUGAAAUUUAAUAUCAAUAAAUGAAUAAUUCAAUGUUUAAAACAUA